AUGACCCCUGCUGCACAUUCUGUAGCCCUACUGGCUUUUGGAGCCUGUGUCGCUGCACAGACUGUAACGAUCACAGCCACAGUCACGGCAGCUGCAACACCCACUAUCACUGCUGUUUCCGACUGCCACCCUCAUGGCACAGUCAAUUGGUGUAUGGUCGGGACUGAGGAGUACCAGAUCUCUGGGCCUACCGCAACAGAGGAAUUCCAGGCUCAGUACACAGACUGUCACAAACACGGUAGUGACACGUACUGCGUUGACGACGCUGGCGAGGAUGUCGAGAUUGUUAUGGAAAACACCGAGGAGACUACGCACGCUGGUGAGACUGCUGAAGAGCCAGCCGGGUCCGAGGAGCACUGCCACUUCCACGCGGGUGUUGAACACUGCGUUGGCGGCAGCGAAGAAGUGUCUUGCGAUGCGACAGAUCGUGACUACAACAUCCCGUUACGCGUUGGUCUACUCUUCGUGAUUCUUGUCACCAGUGGCUUCGGUGUCUUCCUGCCCAUCUUGACGACCCGGUUCAACAUCAUCUCGCAGACAAAUAUCAUCUUCGUCGUGCUGAAGCAGUUUGGUACCGGUAUUGUUUUAUCGACUGCGUUCAUCCAUCUUUUCACUCACGCUGGUCUCAUGUUCGGCAACGAGUGCCUGGGCGAGCUGCAGUACGAGGGAACGGCUGCAGCUGUCUUCCUCGCUGGUCUUUUCCUGUCGUUCUUAGCCGACUACUUGGGUGCUCGAUUCAUUCAAUGGCGCCAGAAGAAGCAUGCUGGUUCCGACAGCGAGAUUCGCGGUAGCCCCACAGAUGGCAGUGACAAGGCCGUGUCAGCCUCCACCAGCCCCGAAAACGAAUUCAACCGCAGCGACGGCCUCCCCCACGCGCACGGAGCUAUUCACAACACCACCCCUAUGGAAGAAAAGAUCAACGUUUACAAUCUGGAAGCAGGUAUCAUUUUUCACUCCAUCAUCAUCGGAGUUACCCUUGUGGUCGCCGGCGACUCUUUUUUCAUUACUCUCUUCGUUGUCAUUCUCUUCCACCAAAUGUUCGAAGGCAUCGCACUUGGAACCUGCAUCGCUGAGUUACCCAAGGCCGCUGCAUCAACCCUGCAGAAGUGCAUCAUGGCCGGAACAUUCGCCUUCAUUACCCCUAUCGGUAUGGCUAUCGGUAUUGGUGUUUUGAACUCGUUCAACGGCAACGACCCUCAUACCAUCGUUGCCAUCGGGACCCUUGACGCGCUGUCGGCAGGUAUCCUUGCGUGGGUUGGUAUCGUGGAGAUGUUGGCGAGAGACUGGUUGCACGGGCGCUUGCUUAACGCUGGGUUGAUCAGGACGGCAUCGGCCAUGUUGGCGCUGGUUUGUGGUAUGGUGCUGAUGAGCGUUCUUGGCAAGUGGGCCUAG